GUAUGGAAUUCUGUUGGUAUCAUUCGCUGUUACAAUGAUGAACAAGACAAUGCUAUAGAUAUAGAAUUUCAUGAUACCUCCAUACAUCAUGCAACACACCUGCCAAACUCUCUGAAUCACACGAUGGCUGACCUCUCUACCGAAGCUAUUUUACUAGCCUGUGAAAGUACAGAGGAACUUGCAAGCAAGCUCCACUGCAUUCAUUUUAACUCAUGGGAUGCAAACAAGGAGUGGACAGUAGAUAUGCCGAAGGAUGAAGACAUUGAGGCUAUCUGUCUAGGUCAAGGCUGGGCUGCUUGUGCCACUAGUGCCUUGCUAAUUCGUGUGUUUACAGUUGGAGGAGUUCAGAAAGAGAUCUUCAGUCUCCCAGGUCCAGUGGUGUCUAUGGCAGGACAUGGAGAGCAGUUGAUGAUUAUUUAUCACAGAGGUACUGGGUUUGAUGGGGACCAAUGCCUCGGAGUACAGCUGAUGGAGCUAGGAAAAAAGAAACAAAUUUUGCAUGGAGACCCUCUUUCUCUUACAAAGAAAUCCUAUUUGAUAUGGGUUGGAUUCUCUGCAGAAGGUACCCCUUGUUACGUGGAUUCUGAGGGAAUUGUGCGGAUGUUGAACCGAGGACUUGGGAAUACUUGGAUUCCAGUGUGUAACAUGAGAGAGCAUUGCAAAGGAAGAUCUGAUCAUUACUGGGUAGUUGGCAUCCAUGAAAAUCCCCAGCAGCUCAGGUGUAUUCCUUGUAAAGGAGCCCGAUUCCCUCCUACACUCCCACGGCCUGCUGUAGCAAUAUUAUCUUUUAAACUUCCUUACUGUCAAGUUACAACAGAAAAGGGACAGAUGGAGGAACAGUACUGGCGUUCUGUUGUAUUUCACAACCAUGUGGAUUACUUAUCAAAAAAUGGCUAUGAACUUGAUGAAAAUGCUAAAAGUCAAUCAAUGAAAGAACAGCAAGAACUUUUAAUGAAGCUGUUUGCCCUUUCUUGUAGACUGGAGCGUGAAUUUCGUUGUGUGGAACUUGCUGACCUCAUGACACAAAACGUUGUGAAUUUAGCUAUCAAGUAUGCUUCUCGCUCUCGAAGACUAAAUUUAGCUCAGCGACUUAGUGAAAUGGCUGUAGAGAAAGCAAAUGAGUUGGCAGCAGCACCAGAAGAUGAAGAGGAGGAAGAGGAUUUCCGAAAGCAUUUGAGUGCUGGUUACAGCAACACUGCCACGGAGUGGAGUCGGCUGCCAGUCAGAAAUGUUCAGCAAGACCAAGAAAUGGAAGAUGCUGAGGAAACUGAUGCCUAUGAGGAAGUAGAAGAAACACAAGAAGUGCAUAAACAAAGGCCAAAUCCUUUCUCCAAAGGUGUCACUUCAGCAGAGGUGACUACUCCGAAGUCUGUUGUAAUUGCAUCAAGCAGCCAAGGAAGAGUGAAUCCCUUUAAGGUGUCAUCUAACAAAAAGAACUCAGUAGUCCCCUCAGCAAAUGUUCUAGACACUAUGAGCAAAUACUCAAAGAAAACUUCUUUGUCUAGCAGUCGAGCUGUAAACAAGCAGAACCCUCCAGUUAUAAAGCCUUUGAUUCCCAAACCCAAGUCCAAGCAGGCUUUAGCAGCCUCCUUCUUCCAGGCUCAUACUCCUAACUCCCAUGAAAAAACAGUGGAAGAAAGAGAAGAAAAAGCAGGAAACGAGUCCCAUGAAGUCAAAGUCACUGCGCAGGAGAACACUGAAAACAAAAGACCAAAGACAGGAUUCCAGAUGUGGCUAGAAGAGAACAGAGCAAACAUUUUGACAGAUAAUCCUGAUCUGAAUGAAGCAGAAGUAAUAAAAGAAGGCAUGAGUCGAUUUAGAAUGCUGUCGUCAGAAGAAAGAAUGGUGUGGACUGAGAAAGCAAAAGGAGGAAUGGUUAAUGAUUUAACAGAAGAUAAAAAGCGAAAGCGUCCCACAGCUGAUGAAGAUGAAGCGAAAAAGAAUCAGGAGCAAAAAUCGGAGGACUCAAAUUUAUCCAAAAAACCAAAGCCUUUAGAUCAAUCUACAAAUGUCAGAUUGUCAGCUUUUGCAUUCAAGCAAAGCUAA